GCGGUAUUCUCGAAGCUAUCGAAAACGAAUUUUUCAUCGAAUCCUAAUCGAAUCCGAAAAAUCGGUAUUCUGGAAGCUAUCGAAAAUUUUUUCAUCGAAAUUGUUAACGAAAUUUUCGAUGAAAAUUUCGACAGCCCCAGCGUUGUCGAAAGCUCAUCGAAAGCUCGUCGAAACUAAAUGCGCAUGCGUGGUAGGUCAUACUAUGGGUACUAUUCAGCACCGAUGAUAUCAUAACAACGAUAGCGAUGGCUGCGUAUCUUCUGCUAGUCGGACGAGGAAGAAAUGGAAGGAGAGUGGUGGCGCAGCGCCGUAGCGAUCCUUUGGACUCAUUGACUGACGAGGAGGUUGUAUCCAGGUAUCGCCUGAACAGACGGGGGAUCCAGAAACUGGUGCAGUUGAUUGGAGGUGGCCUAGAGAGACCAACCAAGAGGUCAAAGGCACUGACACCGUUGCAGCAGGUUCUGACUGCCUUAAGGUUUUUUGCCACUGGGACCUUUCAGUCAGCAAUCGGUGACCUGCACGGUAUCAGUCAGCCGGCGGCUUCAAGGGCAAUCUCUGCUGUGGCAGCUGCAAUCGCUGCAUCAGACGACCCUGAACUUGCUGUGUCUUUCCCACAUGACCCAGUGGAUGUGAGAAGAACACAGCAAGAGUUAUUCAGGGUCGCUGGGUUUCCCAGAGUUCUGGGAUGCCUGGAUGGAACCAUGGUCCCUAUACUGGCUCCCCAUGAUGAUGAAUACUUGUACGUGUGUAGGAAGGGGUAUCAUGCCAUUAAUGUUCAGGCAGUGUGUGAUGCCCGUCUCUUGUUUACUAAUGUUGUGUGCCAGUUUCCAGGCAGCACACAUGAUUCAUUUAUAUGGAGGCAGUCUGGCCUGGGGACUGCAUUUGAGUCAGGGGAUAUGCCAUCUGGGUUUAUCCUCGGUGAUUCAGCCUAUGUGUUGAGGCCUUGGCUGAUGACACCAAAAUUACAUGUGGCAUCAACUGCGGAUGCUGCAUACAAUGCGGCACAUAUGAAGACGCCAAUAUUUGUGUUUAAAAGUAAAAGACCAACUAAAUAUGAAUAA